UCAUUAUGAUACUUGCUUUCUUUAGGUUCAUCUCGUCCUAAGUUCCCAAGUAUAAAGAUAACACUCCUAGUUCUCCCCCUUUAAUUAAUUUACAAUCUUCAAUUAAACAAUUUUUCCAAAUCAUCCGGCAAACCCUCAAAAAAAAAAUAUAAAUAAUUGGAAAAUUUAUAAUUUUUCAAGAUGCUAAAUGGUAAGAUCAAUUCUAUCCUCCGUGUAUCCGGCACGAGCAUAGUUGACGGCUCCGGACACACUGUGAUAUUGAAAGGGGCUGCUCUUGGAGGCCACAUGAACAUGGAGAACUUUAUUAGUGGCUUCAGUGGCCACGAGCGUCAACACAGAGCAGCUCUCCUCAAAGUUUUGGGAAAAGAGAAGUACGAUGUCUUUUUUGAUUCCUUCCUCGACUACUUCUUCACCCGUGCAGAUGCUCACUACUUCGCCUCCCUCGGCCUAAACUGCGUCCGCAUCCCUUUUAACUAUGCCCAUUUCGAAGACGAUUUUAAUCCCGGCGUUUAUCUUGAGAAGGGAUUCCAACUCCUAGACCGCGUCGUCGAGCACUGCACUGCCGAGGGUCUUUAUGUUGUCUUAGACUUGCACGCAGUUCCAGGCGGGCAAAACCAGGACUGGCAUUCGGAUUCUGGCAUAAGCGAAGCCCUGUUCUGGCGCUUUAGGGAGUUUCAGGAUCGUGCGAUCAAUUUGUGGGUAGAGAUUGCAAAGAGGUACAAGGGGAAUCCUUAUGUGGCAGGAUACAACCCCCUUAACGAACCUGCAGACCCAGAACACAAAAGACUAAUCAAGUUCUACGAGAGAAUCGAAGCAGCAAUCCGCUCAGUCGACCCGGAUCACAUUCUUUUCCUCGACGGUAAUACAUAUUCUAUGGACUUCAGGCAAUUCACAGCCAUCCUCCCCAACUGCGUGUAUUCGAUGCACGACUACUCCUCCAUGGGGUUCCCCUCGCAAGAACAGUACGCCGGCACUGUCGAGCAUAAGACCAAACUGAGGAAGUCCUUUGAGAGAAAAGUCGAGUUUAUGAGGAAACAGAAAGUGCCGAUAUGGAACGGCGAAUUUGGACCAGUGUAUGAGUUCAAAUCCCAGAAAGGUCACGAGGAAGUCAAUGAGAAGAGAUAUGCGCUAUUGGAGGAGCAGUUGGCUAUUUAUGCCGAGAGCGGUGUGAGCUGGUCGAUUUGGUUGUACAAGGAUAUUGGGUACCAGGGAAUGUUGCAUGUCUCCCCCGAAAGUGCAUGGUUCAAACUUCUCGGCCCAUUUAUGGAAAAGAAAGCCCGUCUCGGCGUUGACUUCUGGGGGCGAGAUGACAAGGAAGUGGCGCAUAUCUAUGCACCUGUGAAACAGCACUUUGAAGAUGUGGUUCCAAAAGAACACUGGAAUAAGAAAUACCCCUCCCCACUUUGGGAUAUGGGGAGGCAUAUUGACCGUGUGUUGAGGGAGUGUUUGCUUUCGGAGUACUUGUGUUUUGAGAUGGCAGAAUAUUUUAGGGGGAAGACUGAAGACGAGUUGAGGGAGUUGGCGGCGAGUUUUAAGUUUGAGAAUUGUGUGCAGAGAGGGGAGCUGAAUGUUAUUCUGGAGAAGGAUGCGAUAAAGCACUAAUGAUGGGGUAGAGAUUAGCCGGCUGUAACUUAUCAAUAUAAUUC